ACCUGGACAGGAAGUGACACCAUGACGACAGAAAUGCAGGAGAUCGCCAUCACGGAGGAGAAGCCGUUACUGACGGGUCAGACUGACUCCACCAAGGACGCUGAGCUGGUGGCGAGGAUACUUCUGGACCAAGGACAGGAGCACAGUGUCGAGACUCCUCAUGGCGUUCUGCACGUCACCCUCCACGGCACACGAACCACCCGCAGGCCGGCGAUCCUCACCUUCCACGACGUGGGCCUGGACAGUAAGAGCUGCUUCUCUCACCUGUUUAAGUUCGAGGAGAUGCAGGAGAUCGUCAAGAACUUCACCCUGAUUCAUAUCGACGCUCCGGGACAAGAGGAGGGGGCCGCUGCCUACCCGGCCGGAUACCAGUACCCCCCCAUGGACACCAUCGCAGAGAUGAUCCCUGCCGUCCUCCAGUUCUUCAACUUCCGCACUGUGAUCGGAGUGGGGGUGGGGGCGGGAGCGUACAUCCUGUCCAAGUUCACGCUCGCGAACCCGGACUCAGUGGAGGGUCUGGUUCUGAUCAACAUCGACACCAACGCUCGUGGAUGGAUCGACUGGGCCGCUCAGAAGCUCAGCUCUGUGACGUCCUCGCUCACAGAGCAGAUCCUGUCUCACCUCUUCAGUCAGGAGGAGCUGUCGUCAAACACAGACCUGGUUCAGUCUCACAGAGAGCGAAUCUCCAAAGCUUCUAAUCUGAUCAACAUCGAGCAGCUGUGGAAGACGUACAACAGUCGCAGAGACUUGAACAUCGACCGCAGCAGCACCUUCAAGUGUCCAGUCAUGUUGGUGGUGGGGGAUCAAGCUCCGUACGAGGACGCUGCUGUGGAGUGCAACAGCAAACUGGACCCAACAACGACCUCAUUCCUAAAGAUGGCUGACGCUGGUGGUCUCCCGCAGCUGACCCAGCCGGCAAAACUGACUGAGGCGUUCAAGUACUUCAUCCAGGGCAUGGGCUACAUGGCUUCGUCUUGCAUGACCCGCUUGUCCCGCUCCCGCACCACCUCCCUCUCCUCCUCCUACUCCAUGGACGGGUCGCGCUCUCGCUCCCGCACUCUGUCGCAGGGCUCGCAGGGCGGCCAGAUGCCGCCGAGCCCCUCCCAGACGAUGGAGGUGUCCUGCUGAAGACAGACAGACAGACAGAGAGAGAGCGAGAGAGAGCGAGAGAGAGUGAGAGUGAGUGAGCGUGAGAAAGAGAAGAGGGUGAUGGCGAAAGGAAGGGAAAGACAAAGCAUUACAAUAACACAGGAACAAGACAAAUGGGUUUUCUUAUUUGUCCCUAAACGUCUCCCAUCAUUCCCCAGAAGAGCAGAAUAGGAACAGAGGGAGGGAGGGAGGGAGGGAGGGAGGGAGGGAGAAGACGACAGGAAGUUGUCCUCCUCUUUUUGCACCACACACACGUCCCGUCCUUCUCCUCACAUCCCCCCUUCCAGCUGAAAACAAAAUGAUCGGGUUGUUCUGCGAUGAAAAAGAGAUUCAAACCAAAGGGGGGAGGAGGGGAAGGAACUCACAGUAAUAAUUCUGAAAACCGUGUCUUGUUGUCGAUGCUGAUGAAGUUAAUGAUGAAGUUAUAGAAAAAAAUAACAUUUAUCUUUAUUUCGCAAUGAAUCUAAAAAUAACAUAGAUUAAAAAAACCUAUAGAAGAGAUACUUAUAACAACAGUGUGUGUCUACUCCUUUUUAAACUAGUUUUUAUUGUGUUCUUUUUAUUUCUUUUCAUGGGAUUUUAUUUUCUUAUCUGUAACCUGCGUCCGCGAGGGGCUGAAGCUGCUGAUUGGUUACAUGGUAACAGCCAAUGAGAGUCAUUAGAGCGGCCACUUCCUGCUUGAUGCUGCCGGGUUGUUCAUGUCUUCCAUUUGCCCCGUGUGUACGUGACUGGUUCUGUUUUCUCUUUCGAUCGGGGGGCGGAAGUUUUAUUCUCUGUUUGGAAGUUUCUUUUAUAUUCUGCUUAUGUGUUGCGUGUGUGGGCGUGUGUGUUGUGUGUGUGUUGUGCUGAACGUGUCGGCAGGUAAGCUUAGUUGAGACCGAGGGAGCUUGUGCGCUGAAGCUAGCUAGCAUCCUAUUGUUAACACUAGUCGCACACUAAAUAGUGCUUCCAACGUCGCUGACCGGUCUUGAACAUCGCGUUCAAAUAUCUGCACUCGUGUUCUACUCACCAGGGAGCGGGACGUCACUGAGUAGCGGAUAUUGCAUUGCAGUACCAGACGUGGCCAGAGGGGAUCACUGUGUUUGUCAACUGGGUUGUAACUUCUUAGCCUUGCCCGUGCAUGGAUACCUCCGAACAAACCCAGCUAGCUUGAGUUCAUGUGCGAUGUGACGUGAAAGGAACGUGCGCUCGUCUCCGGCUUUAUUCAACCAAUAGGGUCGGGGGGGUGUUGCUGUGUGUGUGUGUGUGUGUGUGCGUGUGUGCGUGUGUGUCGAAGUGUCCUGUCAGCACAGUUAAUGCAGAGGAGCAAAGAUCCUUUAGAGAACGGAGCCCGGGGCCGAAGCCAAAACCGAUAUCAGGGAGAAAAACAGAUCAAUAUAUUGGCUGAUGUUUACAAAGUAAAAAUAAAAUUGGCAGUCGCUCCCUAAAUGUCGUCGUCAAGCACAAAUUGAAUUCAUGUUUUACAGUUUAACCACAA